AUGACUUUGGCAGUAGACGAACUGCCUUCCAAAGACUUUUUGAAUUUAUUUUUGAAAUUGGAAAAGUAUGUCAUCAUUUCUACAGUAUCUGUGGUGUUUGUCACUUUGAUUGUCAUGAAUAUGUGUAAGUUGAGUUAGUGAUACAUUGAGCUAUUGUGAGAAAUACCUAGUGCAAUAUCUUUGGUUUUUUACUUAAGUUACUGAUAGAGUUCCAAUUUUUACAAUUUUUAUUUGUAGCUGUAAGAACCACCUUGAAACGGUACCAUUACUACCUUGUUAAUGAAAUAUUGUGGUAAAUCAACCUAAAUUUUUUUUAUUUUUAAACUAUGUAAAAUACGUUUGAGACUCAAAUAACCUUAAUAUUAUUUUAAAAUUAUAGCUCCCUCCUCGGAGACAUAGUACUAUACUUAAUUGGUCCAAUAGUACUAUACCCAGAGCCAUGUUUCAUGUUAUCAGGGCUAUUGGCAUCAAACAAGCAGUACGAUGUGUACAUUCUGCUACUGUUCAUAGCUACUCUGAAUGCCAGAGGGUCAGCUUUAAUGUUGCAGUUCUUUUCUAGAGUUACUCAGUCAAUGUCACCACGAUCCAAGUUGUAUAUCAAUAACUGUAACGUCAAAAAUCAGUAUAUUAUCAUCGGUUUUGUUGUUAACGUUGUUUUUGGGGCUAUCAUUACUGCUGUAAGUGUAACAUUUUUUACAAAAGUCAGAGGUUUGUAACCUAUACAUAAACUAAAAGCGCCAUAAGAUCAAUAAAAUAUAUUUUAGGCUCCCUUCUGCUUUCCUACAGCAUCAAAAGCUGCUCGUACUGAGCUAACAUUAAACUUAACAUCUCUAUUACAAUCUCAUUACCAGAAAUCUCCAAACAUCUACUGCUUUGAUGCCACUUCAUCGAUGAGUAAAGCCUUCAUUCCUAUCAUCUGCAUCUUCGUCAGUGUACCAAUUGUUGGACAUACCAUGUUGUGCAUGAUAUACUACUACAUAACUACAUCAAACUUUGCGGUAAAAACCAAAAAACUUCAGUUAAUGUUGUUGUGGUCCCUGAUAGCUCAAUCUAUUGGUAUCUUUGUAUUUCUAUGUGGACCAUGCUAUAUAGUAUUGAUUGCGCCAUACUUUGGUAUGAGGAACAUACCAAAAAUUGGCAGUUAUUGUUCUAUAUUCUUGUUAUCUCACACCACUUUUGAUUGCUUCAUAGUGUUAUGGUUUAUCAAGCCAUACAGAACAUCACUUAUCAACCUUUUUACUAUGAAUUCAGUCAAUAAAGAGUUGUCGCAUAGUAUACAGGCUUACAUACGCAGAAGAUCUAUCUUGUUUGUGCCAAAGUUUAUGAAUCUUGAUGCUAUUAUGUUAGAUACGAAGACAACAAAAAUUAGAAGAUUGUCGUAAUCAUUGUCAAUAUUAAUGUUUGCUACUCAGCCUUCAGAAUUGUAAUAAACGAGUGCCUACAUAUACGAUGUUAUGUUUAAUGAACAGGUGUUUAAAGUGUACAAUGUUGCAUUUUAUAAUGGCAAAAAUCAUUUUAAUUGUUAUUGUUUUGCAUAAGAAAUGGCAUAAAUUAUAAAAAGCUUUUGUAUGUCACAUUUCAUACACAAAAUAAUGAUUAAAAAUUAAAACCAACAAAUAUUCAGCAACUAACGUGACGUUUUUAAUCUACAGUGUGCCACAUUUGUACAACGAUUUACUGCGUCGUGCGGAUAGCCCGAGUCGCGCCUACGGUUGA